AUGGAUUCAACAACUUUUCAACAACUUCUAGAACUAGAAUCAAACUUAUCAAAAGCUCAGCAGUUCCUAAACACAUCAAAUCAAACCGCCUUGCUGCUUUCUCAUUUAGAAAAUUUAAACAAUCAUUCAACAGCUCAUACUGGGUUUGAUGGUGUUGAAAUAAAAGAUAUUGAAUCAUUAUUACAACAAACUGGAUCUUUUGAUUUAGCAAUUUCAUGUUCAUCUUGCAACCAAUUAAUUUAUGAAAAUGAUGAAUGUGCUAAAAAUCAAAUUCAUAAAGAUAAUUUACAACCAUGUUGUAUGAAGAUGUUGAAAAAUUUGAAACAAGAUGAUGAAUUGGAAAUUACAUUUUGGUGGUUUUUCAUCAAUAAUUUUUCAAAUUGUAUCUUAACAUUACCAAAUUAUACAAGAUUUAUGUUAACCAAUGGUAUUCCAACUUCACUUAGGGAUCGUAUCUGGGGUUUAUUAACAUUCUCCAACAAUUCUAAAGGUGAAAAUGAUGAAUAUUUAUUGAAUUUAUAUGAAUCUUUGAAUAAAGAUAUUUCACCAGAUAUUAGAAUUAUCACAAAGGAUGUCAACAGAACAUAUCCUCAAUUAUCAAUGUUUACAGAGUUUGAAACCAAAAGUAAAUUUGAAAAGAUUUUGAAUGCUUAUAGUAUCUUUGAUUCAGAUAUGGGAUAUUGCCAAGGUUUACAAUUUAUCGUGGCACCUAUGUUGUUCCAUUUUGAUAAAGAUGAUUUCAAAACUUUUAACUCAUUAGUUAAGUUUUUUGAAAUCAAUAAGCUAAGAAACAUUUAUGAUAAUCAAAUGUCUGGUUUAAACUUAUGGUUUUAUCAAUUUGAAGAAAUUUUCAAACAUGAAUUACCUGAAUUAUCAACUUAUUUGAUUGAUACUUUAAAUGUUGAUCUUAAGGUUUUCCUUUCACAAUGGUUUUUAUCAUUCUAUUCAAUAACUAUACCUUUUAAUUUUUUGAUUCGUGUCUUUGAUAUAAUGUUUUUAGAAGGUGUUAAAGAAACUUUAUUAAGAGUUGGUAUUGUUAUAUUAUCCAAAAACUCCAAAUUACUACAAAGUAUUGAUGAAUCUGAGUUGGUUUAUCAACAUCUUCUAUCAGAAAAUUGUUGGGGAGUUUUCCAAAACAAUGUUGAUUCAUUCAUCAAUGAAAUUAUGAAUCUAAACAUUGAACAAUAUACUGAGGAGAAUUUACAACAAUUAUCAACCAAUUAUUCACAAUCUACAACUAAGGAAGAACAAGACAUUUCACCAAACUCAUUCAUAUCUAAAAUGUUCACAAAUCUCAAAUAUAAUGCAGAAUCAAUAUUAUCAUCCCCAAUUGAUUCGAUUUCAUCUUCAAAAUCCUCAUUAUUUUCAAUAAAUAGUGAAAGUGAAAGUUCAAAUACAAGCAUAUUUGAAAGUGAUUUCGAUUUAGUUGAAAGUUUAUACAAGAUGUGCUUGGAAAAAGGUCUUGAUGGCCCAAUCUUGGAUAAAGUUAAAGAUCGCUUAUAUCAAACAACAACUAGCACUUGA